AUGGCGUCCCAAAAACCCCAGGACCCGCUGGACGUCCUACAGCUCAUGGUCAACGACGUUCUUGUUCAAACUGGCAAGGCUCUUCGCGCCUCACGGAAAGAUGCGCAGGGCAGCGUGCAACCGCCGCAUGGUGCACUCAAGUCUAAACUGCCCGACACCAUUCAUACCUUUCAUUCUGCCCUGAAUGAAUUAGAAUGGGAUAUCAUCAACUCCAAGUCCGUCUUGAUGCGUGACCUCAAGAGGUUACAGGAACAGAGACAACAGAAGCAGCAGAGUCAGCUACCACAGCCUAUACCGGCACCUCAGGCCCCUCAGCCUAUUGAGCCUCAGUCCAAAUCGCCCAUGGUCAUUGAUAUUGAGUCAUCACCACCCCCUCCCGCUGCUCAACCCAUGGCCGAUAUGACAGGCAACAAGCCUGUGGCCCCCUUUCCCGAUAUGGGUAUGGGACUCCCGGAUGUUGGCCAGCAGGAUGUGACGAUGAAGGACGAGCCCGUGGCGACCAUGCAUCCCAAUCCCCUUGGUGAGGCUGCUCACAUCAAAACCAACGCCUCACCUGCUCCAGCCGCAACGGCACCAAUGGCCCCGAUGCCAAACAUGGACCAAAAGCCUCUGGACAACAAUACGAUGGACCUCACAGGGGACAUACCUCAUUCGGAGCUCAACUUUACCAACAUGGGCUUCGCUCUGGCCCCAAACAACGAGUCACAGAAUCCAUCCACCACCCAAGAGCCGUCGUUUGACCUCACGACAUUUGCUCCUACUGAAGGAAACGACGAUAUCCUGGGUCUCGACAACCUCUUGCCCACAAACGCCGGUGGCCAGGCGAACCCCGCACCACCACCGCCAGGACAUUCUGGUGAUAUGUCCAUCAAGACAGAGCCUUCAGCAAAUACAGACCUCCAAGCGGCCUCGCAGGAGAUGAAGACGGAAUCUCUUGACCCGGUGUUCGACGACGACGAUAUUUUUGGCAGCAUCGAAUCCGGCGGCGGUCUCGGAGGUCAUGGGGUGGCUGAUGCCACGUUCGAAGACCUGAUGAAUGACCAUGAUGACGACGAGUUUAACUUGAUGGAGCACGGCAAUUUCGAUGCUGAGUUUUUUGGAAUUGACAAGAUGGAGUAG